AUGUUGUUUAUACAGGAUUUGCUUAUAAAUACAUUGAUAUUCUCUGUCAUUUCAUCAGUCAACUCUCACUUGAUCCAACGUGAACAAAAAUUAAUUUCAAGUGAACGUAGUGACAAGGGCGUAAUUAUUGGACCAAACACUCCUGUACUUUAUUUAACAUAUCCGAGGCCUGAUUUCUUUAAAGUCAACCGAAUUUUCGAGGCAUCGCCUGCUUACAAUUAUUACCAUGACCCCAGAAAGUCUGAAGGUGUAUUUUUUGUGCGAAUUUUGGUUAUUGUCGAUCCUUUUCUAAACAAAAUUUGGAACCUAGAGGAUUUCAUAAAAAAUAAUUUGGAAAGAUGGAAUAAAGUAGACGAAUAUUUCGCAAAAUUAGACAAUCUUAAAUUAAAAGUGAUUAUUGCCGGAGUCAUCGUACCGGAAUAUGUGAACGACAAGUCAAACUUUUGGUAUUCCUUGAUAAAACAAACUUCGCAUAAAAGUUCGUUGGACAAAACAAAGUAUUAUAGUGCCUCAUCAACUUUAUUGGAUAUUGGAAAAUGGCUCUUUAACAACACAGAAUAUCUCGACGAAAUAUCUUAUGAUACUUUUGUAUUUAUGUCUUUUCUCAGUUUGAAGGACAGUAAAGUUUCUGGCGAAUUGGGAGUUCAUCACUACUUCAACAGUGAUGUUAUUUGUGAGAAAGACGAACUUCUCAAUUUUCUUCAAACACGAAGAGGAGGACUUGUGUACCUUAACUACGAAUUUAGUUUCAACGUAGUUCGAAUGCUUACUUUUGAGCUAGGUGGUGAAGUCGAUGCCUCAGAAUGCGGGUUUGGUCAUAUUAUGAGCAUCGGGUUAAAGGGAACGUCUGAAACCUGGUCAGAGUGUUCUAAAUAUGUUUUUAAAAAAAUGAACAGCGGCAACAAAUUUAACUGCCUAAAAAUGUAA